AUGUGUCCAUUGACCAUUCUUAUACUACCUCUGACUGGGAAGCUACAAAUGAAAUUUCCUUUAGUGCUAGCAUGUCAGACGAUGGAGCCGUGUAUACUUGUAAGGCAUCCAGUCCAAUGCUUUCCGAAGUGAUGGAAAAGUCGGUCUCUUUAAGUGUGAUAUAUGCUCCCUCAGCUGUAAGUAUUAAAGCACCCAAAGAAGGAAAGCCUGGAGAUGUUUUUGUAGCAACUUGCAAGACCGGUAGAAGCAAUCCUGCUGCUGAAGUAACGUGGGUUGUUGAUGGAAUACCAUUCCCUUCAGUGAAUAAAGUUGAGUCUGACUCUAAAGGAGGAUCAGUGACAACAUCUGAAAUAACUGUGAAUGUUACACUACAGGAUAGAAAUUCAAAGUUAUUGACCUGCUAUGCUGUAAAUCAAGAAUUAGGGGAAACUAUAUCUGAAACGCUAACAAUUAGUAUUUUGUAUGCACCUGAUCCCCCUUCCAUAUUUGGUUACACUGAAGGUACUGCCAUACUUGCUGGUAAAUUGCAAAGAUUGACAUGCAUUUCCCAUGGAGGGAAUCCUUUACCUGAAAUAAAAUGGUUUAAAGGUGGUAAAGAGUGGAAUACACUGCUCAUAAUAUUCCACUCUGCUGAUUUGAGCAAACAACUCUGCUGCAUUCCUUUUGAAGAAAUGGAUUCGGACGAACGUUCAGAUAAUGAAUAUUCAGAUUCAUCGUCUUCUGGAUCGCUCUCUGAUAGUGAAACGGUGGAAGAUACAUCACUAAAUGACGUAAGAGACAGGAUCAGAUUAGACAGCCAAGAUUUGGCUCCCCCUCCACCACGCUUCCCAUUCACUGAAAAUCCGGGGACUAAAAUAUUGCUGCAUCAUUCUUCACCCGGUUGA